GCGGGUGUCGUUAAUCGAUCGCGGCACGCUGGUGCGAUGUGAGCCGUCGCUGGUGCCCGUGGCCUCGGCUCCCCCCGGUAUGACCUCACGGCCGAAAGCGCCGCGAGGGAGGAGCUGAGCGGCGCGCUAGCUCCCGUCCGGCCAUUCAUGUGGAGAUAAGCGCCAGGGAAAAAAACUUUUCAGCCGGCGCUUCAUGACUUAAAACAGGGGAGAGACUGAAGGCUCUAGAGAUCUCAGCAUGUUUAAAGCUGUUCUGAAGAAGAGCCGAGAAGGUGGAAGGGCCAGCAAGAAGGAGCCAGCUGGUGAGUUCUACACCCCAAGCGCCCCGUCCAUGGGUCCAGGCGGGCGGGCUGGCCAUCCCCAGGAGCUGGGAGGGGUCCUUCCCUACACCCCGGAGGAUGUGUUCCGAUUGAGCUUGGCCAAGGGGGUGUCCAUGUCGCUGCCUUCGUCUCCUCUGCUCCCUCGCCAGGCGUAUAUGAUACCGGCCCGCUCCAGCAAACGGUCUCCAGGUCCCAUACGAAAGGCCAAGUAUGUGGAGAGCCCGCGCGUUCCUGGAGACACCGCCGGCACUGCAGUCUCCUUGCUGAGGAAGGUGCCCCCCACAGCAGAGCUUUCUCCCCACGAGCCGCGAAUCGACAGUGAGCAGAGCUCCUCCUCCUCCUCCUCCACCUCCUCCUCCCCCGCCGCCCAGGAGCUGAUGACGAGGCUGGGCUUCUUACUGGGGGAAGGCAUCCCUGGGACAGGUCGCAUACCUAUGGAAGACAAGAAUGAAAAGAAGUGCGCCACAAGCAGCCAGGGAAUUAGCCCCUGCUCCACUCUGACCGGCAGCCCUGCCUCUCCCAGCACCGACAGCCCCUGCUCCACCCUCAACAGUUGUGCGAGCAGAGCGCCCCCUAGCUGCCCCAGCCCCUGCGCGGCCAUCACCAGUGCCAGCUCCACUCUCGAGAGCAAGGACAGCGGCAUCAUCGCGACGAUCACCAGCUCCUCGGAGAAUGAUGACCGCAGCGGUUCCAGCCUGGAGUGGAGCAGAGACGGCAGCUUGAGGGACGGCGCCCCCCAUGGGCCGACAGGGGCAGCGCGGAUGGAUGCGUGCUCCCCCGUGGCUGAGGAGGACCCACCGGGGGCUGGGGGUGGUCCAUCGAGGGCGGAGCCUCUGGCAGGUGUGGGCGUGGUUGCCUUCCCCACCCACACGUCCUCCAGCUCCCUCGUGAUGCCACGCCCCAAUUCAGUGGCAGCCACGAGUUCCACCAAGCUAGAGGACCUGAGCUACCUUGAUGAGCAGCGCAACACGCCCCUGCGGACGUCCAUCCGGCUGCCCUGGCACAACACCGGAGGCAGGACCCCGCAGGACCCCAAAGCCCGGCUUGUGCCCUAUAAGCCAGUGGACAUCAUGCUGAAGCCGCUGCUGUUCGAGGUGCCCAGCAUCACCACGGACUCGGUGUUCGUGGGCCGCGACUGGCUCUUCCAGAGGCUGGAGGAGGCGCUGCGGCCGGCCGAGGGGGACGAGGGCCGCGGCGCUGUGCUGGCCGCUGGUGUGGGAUUCGGCAAGACGGCAGUGGUGUCGCGCCUGGUGGCCCUCAGCUGCCACGGGGGCCGCAUGCGGCAGAUCGCCUCCAACAGCCCCGGGGCCUCACCAAGAAGUGGUGACGCAAGUGCACAGCUGCCCCUCAGCCAGCCACCCCAGCCUGCCCCUCCCACGAGUAUCACCAGCACGCUGCGGGACGGCAGCUGCCCCGGAACCCCCGAGGUCCAGAGGCGCAGGGAGGGGGUCGUGAAGCGCCUAGCCGCUAAGGUGGUGGCGUACCACUACUGCCAAGCAGACAACACAUACACCUGCCUGGUUCCUGAGUUUGUGCACAGUAUCGCCGCCCUGCUGUGCAGGGCGCACCAGCUCGCCGCCUACAGGGAGUUGAUGCUGAGGGAACCGCACCUCCAGGGCAUGCUCAGUCUGCGCUCCUGCGUCCAGGACCCUCUGGCUGCCUUCCGGAGGGGUGUGCUGGAGCCGCUGGCCAACCUUCGUAAGGAGAGGAAGAUACCUGAAGAUGACCUCCUCAUCCUCAUUGAUGGCCUGAACGAGGCGGAGUUCCAUAAACCGGAUUAUGGAGACACCAUUGCGUCGUUCAUCACCAAAAUCAUUUCCAAAUUUCCUAUCUGGCUGAAGGUCAUCGUCACCGUGAGAGUGAACCUUCUGGAUAUCACCAGCUUCUUGCCGUUUUCCCAAAUCUCCCUGGACGACUUCCCAGAAAACAAAGAUAUCAGCAGUGACCUCAACGCCUACGUCCAGCACCGCAUCAACAACAGCAAGGAGAUCGUGAACAACAUCUCGCUCAACGGCAAAGCCGACCCGGUCACGGUGGGCAAACUCAGCAGCCACCUGGUAUCGCUGAGCCACGGCUCGUACCUGUACCUGAAGCUGACCCUGGACCUGUUUGAACGCGGCCACCUGGUCAUCAAGAGCGCCAGCUACAAGGUGGUGCCCGUCUCGCUGGCCGAGCUCUACCUGCUGCAGUGCAACAUGCGCUUCAUGUCCAACUCGGCGUUCGAGCGCGCUCGGCCAAUCCUCAACGUGGCACUGGCCUCCCUGCACCCGCUCACGGAUGAGCAGCUGUUCCAGGCUAUCAAUGCGGGCGGCGUGGUUGGCGAGCUCCAGUGGGAUGACUUCUGCCAGCGCAUUGACAGCCUCUCUGGCUUUCUCGUCAAGCGGAGGGACAAGACGCGCAUGUUCUGCCACCCGUCCUUUCGUGAGUGGCUGGUGUGGCGGGCAGACGGAGAGAGCUCCGACUUCCUGUGUGACCCCAGGAGUGGACAUGCGCUGAUGGCCUUCAUGUUGUCUCGGCAAGAGGGGAAGCUGAACCGGCAGCAGACGAUGGAACUCGGCCAUCAUAUCCUUAAAGCACACAUUUUUAAGGGCCAGAGCAAGAAGACGGGCGUGUCCUCCAGCGUGCUGCAGGCCUUGUGGAUCAGCUGCAGCACCGACGGGCUUUCAGCCGCCCUGGCAUCUCUGAGGAACCUCUACACACCGAACGUGAAGGUGAGCCGUCUUCUGAUGCUCGGCGGGGCCAACGUGAACUAUCGCACUGAGGCCCUGAGCAACGCGCCCGUGCUGUGCGUGCAGUCGCACCUGGGCCACCAGGAGAUGGUCAGCCUCCUGCUGGAGUUUGGGGCAGCUGUUGACUGUGUGUCAGAGAACGGGAUGACGCCCCUUUGCUUGGCAGCGGCCGCCGGACACCUGAGCCUCGUCAACCUGCUCUGUAAAUGCGGAGGAAAGGUUGACCAUUUGGAUAAGAGCGGUCAGUGUCCCCUAGUGCACGCGGCCCUGAGGGGCUACCCCGAGAUCAUCCAGUACCUGCUGGAGCUGGAGUGGAGCCCUAAUGGCCAGCAACAGGACAGUGAAGCAAAAGGCACGGCCUUACAGCAGGCCCUCAUUGCGGCCUCCAGCAUGGGCCACACCCAGGUUGUGAGGAGCUUGCUGGCGUCGGAUGAUAAGCCCGCCGUGCAGAUUGAUGGCCAUGACACUCUCUGGGGGGAGACAGCCCUGACUGCCGCCGCUGGCCGUGGUAAGCUGGAAGUCUGCAACUUUCUCCUGGAUCAAGGGGCCUCGGUGCAGCAGGCGAAUCGCAGGGGGGUCUCGCCGCUCUUCUGUGCCGUCAGGCAGGGCCACUGGCAGAUCAUGGACGUGCUCCUGCAGCACGGCGCGGACAUCGACAUUUGUGACAAGCAGGGCCGCACGCUGCUGAUGGUGGCCGCUUGUGAGGGACAUCUCAGCACUGCAGAGUUCUUACUCUCGAAAGGUGCUGCUUUGACUUCGGUGGAUAAGGAGGGAUUAACGCCGCUGAGCUGGGCGUGCCUGAAGGGACACAAGAGCGUCGUGCAGUUUCUGGUGGAGAAAGGUGCAGUCAUAGAUCAUACGGACAAGAACGGACGUACUCCGCUGGACCUGGCCGCAUUCUACGGUGAUGCAGAUAUUGUCCAUUACCUGGUGGAGAAAGGGGCAGUGAUUGAGCAUGUGGACUACAGUGGCAUGAGGCCUCUCGACCGCGCUAUUGGCUGCCGGAACACGUCAGUAGUGGUGACCCUGCUGAAGAAGGGAGCCAAGCUGGGCUACAGAACAUCUCCUUAUGAUCGAUCAGGGAACGCCGCCUGGGCGAUGGCAACAUCCAAGCCUGACAUUCUCAUCAUCCUCCUUCAGAAGCUCAUGGAGGAAGGCAACCUGCUGUAUAAGAAAGGGAAGAUGAAGGAGGCGGCACAGAGGUACCAGUACGCCCUGCGCAAGUUCCCCAGGGAGGGGUUUGGGGAAGAUCUCAAGGCCUUCAAGGAGCUGAGGGUCUCACUGUACCUCAAUCUCUCUCGCUGUCGCAGGAAAACCAAUGACUUUGGCAUGGCGGAGGAAUUCGCGACAAAGGCUCUCGAGCUGAAACCGAAAUCCUACGAGGCCUAUUAUGCCAGAGCCAGGGCAAAAAGGAGCAGCAGGCAAUUCGCUGCCGCGCUGGCUGACCUACAUGAGGCUGCCAAGCUGUCCCCCAACAACCGCGAGAUCCGUCGUCUGCUGGCGCGCGUCGAGGAUGAGUGCCGGCAGCUGCAGCGCACGCAGCAGAAGCCGGGGCCGCCUGGCCACGACUCCGACGAUGAGGAGGGUUCUGCCGAUCGCACCCCGGAGAGGGAGCUACAAGGCCAGAGCCAACCAGGGCCAAAAGAUGGUGAUAAACAGGAGCCUUCCCAGCAGGGCUGGCAGCAGAACAGUAGCUCCCUAAAUAGGACUCUAGAUCCGGCAGCCCCCGUGGCUCAGGACUUCGGACCGGCCUCACCUCCCGGCAGGCCGGCCCACAAGUACCUCCGGGAACCUGUGACCCAGCAGGGCCUGGUGCUCCAACCUACCAAGCAAGCCCAGAUCAUCAAAACCAACCAGCACAUGAACUCCCUGCAAGCCGGGGGCAGGUCAGGGAGCAAGUCCCAUUCCCAGUACCCUUCCUCCAGCCCCCUGCCCAGCCGGCACCUCUCUGGUGUGCUCCAACCGAGUCCCGGCAUUGAUAUCAGCCCACUGUCCCCAGAUUUCUCAGGGUUCGCGGAGAGCCCGACUUCAUCCACCCACCACCACGACGGGGAGAAUUGUGGCUUCCCUAAAGCAUCCGAAAGGCUUUCUGCUCUGUCUGCAUCCUCCCUGGACGCGCUGUCGGGGAUGUCCCCAGGCCCAUCAAAAGCGAGCCAGGAAGCAGCGGCACUGGGGCCGCAGGCCGGGAAGAUGAAGGUCUCCAGUUCCACUGGCAGCCUGGCAUCCAGUAGCAGCCUUUCAGACAGCGGGAAGCCACAGGGCGCGGACGUGCGUGCCAAGACAGUCGGGGACAAGGCUCGGCAGGCCCAGAGUGGGGGGACAGAGUACAAGCCCCGUCCUUUCAUGGGGAUCACAGACAAAACAGCAAGGUUCCAGCAACAGCAGCAGCAACAGCAGCAACAGCAGCAACAGAUGCAGCACCACCACCAAGGCCGCAGCUGGCAGAGUCAGUCCUCGGAGGGCCUAGUGGGCCACGCCACAGGCCCGCAGCCCCUGAACUGUGAGCUGCCAUUCAGCAGAGUGGGGAGCGCCUACCAUGAGGCCUUCACCGGCCCAUCUCAGGGUCCCACAGGGGGCCUCCACAAUGGGACACACACCAAGGAGCUCACCGAGAGGUUCUGCUACAAGGAGCCCAAGCUGGCCGUGGGUGGGCCGCACCCUCUCUCAGACGGCAAGCCCAGAGAGAACCCUGCCAUUCAUGUUGCGGCGAUGAAACCAAAGCGAUCCUUUAUAGAGUCUAACGUUUAAGUCAUUCAUCCAAUUUUUCCUGGGAGGCUUUAGUCUGGGUUUCGUCUCCUCCCUGUUCCCAUAUACUUUAUAGUGGAUUUAAAGCUUAUAGGUCUUGUUUAUCCUGUCAUCCUAUCUGUGUCAGGUGAGUGACCAGGCCUCCCCAAGCUUCUGUUUGGAGCUGCAGGCCAUCCUGGUAUCCAGCCAAGCUGGAGACCCCUGCCAAGAUGUUGGUAAGGUGCACACAGAAGAGAGAAAUGGCAACGGCACUUUAAAUUGGGCACGGAACAGGCAUGUCAGCUGUGUUUCCUGCUGGGCUGUGGUGGUCUCAAGGAGAUGUUCCUAUUUGAACACAUGGUGCUCACUGUGAAGGACAUUUACAGCUGGGUGUUGCAAAUCCUCACACAUGUACAUAAGUUUCCCCUCAAGUGAAGGCUGUUAUUGUGAAUACCUUUGUCUAUCCCCCCCCAGUUUGCUUCAGAUGGUGUUGAAGGUUCUUAAUGUUUGUCUGUAUAUUGUAAAGUUGCCCUAAUAAUGCUUAACCAAGUUCUUUCUCUACCUGCUUGUCAGUGCUGCCUAGGUUAAUUUAUUUACAGCUUCAUCAAUUGUAAAAGCAAUAUUUUCUAUAGUUAUUUUUGCACAGCUAUUCCCACCUUUCCAAGGACAGGCUCUGCUGAGACGUGCAUGCUACAGGUGCAGUUUAUAACAAAUAAAAACAUUUAGCAGUGGGCCCGUUA